AUGAAGUUUACUAGCUAUGAGGUACCCGUGGGUUAUACUUUACAAAAGUGUCCCAAGCCACCGAUUAUAAAAGAUGGGGAGAUUACUGAAGAAACAAGAAAGAGUGAAUAUUUCACGGAUGACAUUGUGAAGUACAGUUGUAACCCUGGUUUCCACAUCACUGGGUCAGAUGAAAGUCGAUGCACAGAAAGAACAUGGUUGGCCGCUCCGCAAUGCUCUGAUAUCUCGUGUUCACCACCACCUGAAAUUGAAAAUGGAGUGCUUACCGGUAAAAAAAAGGAUCAAUAUGCAUCUGGUGAUAAAGUGCGAUAUAGAUGCAACAAUGGAUAUGCUUUUGAGAAAAAAACAAAUGAUAAAUCUGAAGCAAUUUGUGAAGAGACACAAUGGAAAUCUAUACCUGUUUGUCGAAAAAUAGGAGAGCCCUGCGGCCCAGCCCCUGUUGUACAAUAUGGAGACUAUUUAGGACCGAAACAAAAUUAUUAUAAAUCAGGAUAUACUAUGCAGUAUAAGUGUCCAAAUUUUUAUAAAACUGAAGGAGAAACAUCGGUUAGAUGUGAGAAUGGAGUAUGGGGAGACCCACCAGUCUGUCUAGAGCCAUGCACUGCAAAUGCAAAAGACAUGAAAGAAAACAAUAUAGAUUUUAAAUGGAUAGCUGGCAAUAAGCUCUACAGUGAACAUGAUGAUGAGAUGGAAUUUAGGUGUAUUUAUGGCUUUGAGAUUUCUAAUCAAACACAUCUAAGAGUAAAGUGUAAGAGAGGAGUGAUUUUAUAUCCUAAAUGCAUUAAAAUUGGAUCUUGUUUGUUAUCACAAUCAACAAUGAAACAACAAAAUAUAUAUUUAAAUAGGAGUAGUGAAAUAUCUAAUGGCGAAACAGUUACUUUUGAGUGCUAUGAAAAAAUGGUGCCUGAAAAUGUUCUGCAAGCAACUUGCGUGAAUGGAAAGUUAGAUUACCCAAAAUGUUUAUUUGCAGAAAAAUGCAAGUCCGCUCCUGAAGUUCAAAAUGGAAAACUUAAAGGUGAACAAAACCAAGGUGGCUAUGAUUCAGGCUCCACUGUGGAAUUUGAAUGUGAUCCUCAACAUGUGCUCUCUGGGCCUAUAAGUGUUAAAUGUGAAAGGGGUCAGUGGUCUGAUCUUCCGCAGUGUCUUAAGCCAUGCAAAAUUUUCACAAAAGACCUCAAUGCUAGAAAUGUUGAAUUGAUAUCACCGGAAGAUGAGCACAUUUAUGAAAAUGGUGAUGAAGUAGAUUUUAAGUGCAAAACUGGUUUUAAAAAUAUAAAUUCAGGAAAUCCCUUAAAGGGAGAAUGCAAUGAUGGCAAAAUGAAGUAUCCAAAAUGUUUUCAAGGAUGUAGGAUGGUGCUCAAGACCUCAAAACAUCAAAGCAACAGCAUUGAGUUUGUUCCUUUAAAGAACAUACAUGAGUAA